UCACUGGCUUGAACAGAAGAUUCUUGGAAAUUGCUUGCUUGUUUAAAGUAAAGAGAGAGAGCUUCAGUACUUGGUAUGAACAAAAACCUGCGAAACCGAUCGAGUUCGUGACAUGCACUUAGAAAUUUUCGAAGUGUGAAAAACAGAAACAAAAAGAAAAAAAUGGGUCUUUUGUUUAGUAGAAUGUUCUCUUCUUUAUUUGGUAAUAAAGAAGCUCGAAUACUUGUCCUCGGCCUCGACAAUGCUGGCAAAACCACCAUUCUCUAUCGGCUUCAAAUGGGAGAGGUAGUCUCCACGAUCCCAACGAUUGGAUUCAAUGUAGAAACUGUACAGUACAACAACAUUAAGUUUCAAGUCUGGGAUUUAGGUGGACAAACAAGUAUCAGGCCAUAUUGGAGGUGUUAUUUCCCGAAUACUCAAGCUGUAAUUUAUGUGGUAGAUUCAAGUGACACGGAGAGAAUUGGAAUAGCCAAAGAAGAAUUUCAUUCAAUUUUGGAGGAGGAAGAAUUGAAAGGUGCAGUUGUCCUCAUUUUUGCAAACAAGCAGGAUCUCCCUGGUGCACUUGAUGCUGCUGCUGUGACUGAGGCAUUGGAGUUGCACAAAAUAAAAAGUCGCCAAUGGGCCAUCUUCAAAGCUUGUGCUACUAAGGGUGACGGCCUCUUUGAGGGCUUGGACUGGUUGAGUAACACUCUCAAAUCAGGAGGUGGCUAACUUUGUUCAAGCAAGUUCCAGAACGAGCAUAAUCUCAUGCACACGAAUGCUGGAGCGAUAAGUGUUAUUACCCUCGAUUCAAGCUUGGCAUAAUCUCAGGAGGUGACUUCGCAAUUUCUUAUUUCCAUAUGCUGAGAUUAAAAUACUGACUUGCAGGAUUAUUUUGGGGAAAACUGAAGCAAAAAUACAUAUUUUUCUUGUAAGACUGCUUUAACACAAUACAUAAUUAGCUGCUGCCCUUUUUGUUGUUCCCUCAAA